AUAAUCUAAUUUAUUGGUUUCUCUUUUGCUGGUUUGCUCACGUCGACCGGCUCUCGUUUCUUCUCACCGUCGCUUGCUAAAACAUGGUGCUCGAUGCUUAUGCUUCGUCAAACCCUAAUCAGGUACACGAGGACGUUCUUCAGAAAUCUAGAGAUGCUUGCUACAAGGCAAGAGAUGCUUUUUACACUUGUCUGGAGAAGGAAUCUGGUAAGAAACCCACUGAGAUUGCCUCCGUAGGUCUUCUCUACCCUAAAGAGUGCAGCCUUUCCAGAACCGAGUUCGUUAAGAGCUGCCGCUCUUCCUGGGUGAAGCAUUUCGAUAGGGAGUACUGUCGGAACAAGAGAGUGCAAAGGCUGCUAGAUGAUGGAGAUGAGAGGAAAGGCCCAAUGUCACUCCCUCAGCCUUACACUUUCAAGCCUUCUCCUUCUACGUAGAUCCCUUCCUUUUCUGGUACAGGAAGAGGAAGAGGAAGAUCACUGAGUAAUCCCUUGGUAGCACUUACUGUUCCUGAAGCAUAUGACUCGUUUUCUUUGCCGACUUUUUUUUUUUAUUAUCCCUUAAAGUCUCUCGUCUUUAUUUGAGUUGUGUAAGCCUACAACAUGGGAAUAAUAAAUGUGUGCUUUUGAAGGAACCUGAUUCUUCUUUGCCUGAUAUAUAAAUGAUUAUUUUGUUUAAA